AUGUGUGAAAGUUUUGCAGUUCCAGGCAAAAAAUCAAGCUUGAAUGCAAGAAAGUUUCUAAAUCUUGGACGAUCGAAACUUAAGAAGCUUAAAUAUUUCGAAGCUUUGGAGAAUCUAAAUAAAAGUUUAUGUUAUGCGGAAGAAGGAUCUAAAGAAAUGAUUGAGGCUUAUGCAAAUCGUUCGGAAGUUUAUUUUAUGAUCAAAGAAUAUGAGAAAUGUUUAGAAAACAUAAAUUUAGCUAUCAAGUGUGGUUGUGAUGCAUCAGUAAACGAAGUAUUAAAACUUCGUGAAGCCAAAUGCAAUGAACUCUUGAAAGACGACAACAGUCAAGUUUUUAAUCCUUGGAGCUUUUUCAAACUUUCAUAUCCUCCACAUGAAAAACUUCCUUAUGUCGCAAAUUGCAUCGAGUUGAAGCAACAUGAACUGUUUGGACGAUAUUUAGUCACCACAAGAAAUUUAACCCCUGGAGACAUCAUUGCCAUUGAAGAACCUUUCUUCAAAAUUGUUCAUACCUCGUCAACACAUCUUCGUUGUUCAAAUUGUUUAAAAGCUAAUAAACUCGAUCUCAUACCAAGUCGUCUAACAUCAUCAGGCAUGUUUUGUUCCGAACAAUGUCAGACAAUGGCAACAGGAAAUUUCCACAAUGUUGAAGUGGAUUUACGAUCCAUUGAGUUUGCUCAAAAAAUUCUUCUUGAAUCGUUGAACAUUUGUGAUCAAAAUGUUGAUAAAUUAAAAGCACUUAUUGAAGAUCCAAAGCAAUCAUCACAAACUGUUUUCGAUUUCGAUUGGAGUGAUAAGGAAAAUGGAAAGUUUAAAAUGCAUGGUCUCUUAGCGUUCAAUUCGUUACAACUUGGACCGAUAACUGAUGAUCUUGAUUAUAUAGAAACACAUCCGGUUCUCGAUUACUUCGAGUACGAACAUGACAGAGAAAUCGCCAAAGCAUAUCUCAUUCGAAUUGCAAGGAUUCUGUCCGUGAAUUGCUAUAGUCUCGACUGGUGGUCGCCAAAGCGAGAAGACGACGACAAUUUAUUGUUCUCCUCAAAUAAAAUGAAGAUUGGUUCCGCAAUGCUCCCUUUUGGAUCGCUCUUUAAUCAUUCAUGUGCCCCAUCAAUCGAUAGAAUGAUUGUGGAUAACAAAUUUGUUUUCAUCGUGCGUCGGUCAGUUUGUAAAGGAGAACAAUUGUUCAUCAGUUAUGGACCUUCAUUCAUCCGUGAACCGAAUGAUUUUCGUCAGAUGAAUUUAAAAGCUCAUUUUGACUUUUCCUGUUCGUGUGAAGCUUGCGUAGCAAAUUUUCCAAUUGCCUUUAGCCAUCCAUUGAGCAGAGAGGUUUUAACAAUCAAAGAUGGUCCCAUCACAUCAAACGAUGAGUGGAAAUGGAAGGAGGAAUUGAAGAAAAAUUACCAAGCAAUUGAAGGAAACCACACAAAGUUUCCUAGUCUCAGCCUGUGGAAGAUUAUGGAUCGUAACUUAUAUCUUCUAGCUGCUAUCGCACGAAAUGAGCCUUUUGUGUUCUGA